UUCAACUGGGCUGACCCUGAAUUGAAUCAGCUCUGGUAUUGCCAAAGAAUCCAGUGUUUCCUGAACUGACUUUACUUCUCAAAGCUGAUGGUCGGUGCUUGAAAAGUGCUGCCCUGUUGCAACAUUGUAACUCCAUAUGUGGGGAGUCAGUGACCUAAUGGAUCCCCUGCAGGAUGUGAAUGCUGCACAUUGAACCUUCCACUUCCCAUCCAUCAUACGGCCAUUAACACAUCUCCCAACAUGUCAAAGGUUAGAGAAUGUCCGCCAUCAGUAGCUUGGUCCCUUCUCGUUUCCUCACACUGAUUGCUCAUCUAGUUAUAGUCAUUACAAUAUUCUGGUCAAGAGAGAAUAAUGUCCUUGCUUGUCUUCCUGUCACUUACACACAACAGGAAUUUUCUUCUCGAGAUACAGAGUUGAUUGUUGCUCUCUCUGUUACAUUGGGGAUGUUUGUCAUCGAGUUUGCUGGUUUUCUCUCUGGAAUUUCAAUGUUUAACAACACACAAAGUCUACUGUCUGUGGGAGCUCAUGCCAGUGCCAGCGUUGCCCUCCUUUUCUUCCUUUUUGAGGCCUGGUCUUGUUCUGUGUAUUGGUGGAUUAUGGCACUGUGCAGCGUUCUACCAGCCCUCACAGAAAUCAUUGUCUUCAUCGCUGUUCUUGGCUUCAAGCGGAAACCACUAUGAGACUUUUUCAUCUUCCUGACUGUUUAGAAGCUAGAUAAGUCUUCGUCUUUCCAAUGACCCGUGUCCCAGUGCCUGUGAGACAGGACCAAUCUUUUAAGUAACUUCUCAGGGAUUUCAAGAAGCUAGAUUCAAAACAAAAUUUGGGACAAUAUAAAAUAAUAUACACGUGUGUACGAUUGGACUGACAGCUGGUGAUUCAGAUAUACACCAAGUUGGCCCAGACGGACUAAAGCAGUCAUGCUUACUUGGUUGACCAUAUGUCCAAGAUUGGCCAGGAUUACCUUAUACUAUAACACCUGGAGGAGCCCACUUAACAGUCAGUUCUCUAAAUACAAACACAUAAUCCUUGGUACUUUGUUAUGAUCAGAAAAAAUCAUACUAUAUAUAUUUAUUUUCAACACAUUGAAUUCAUGUAUAUUAGAAAGUGAUCUAUUAUUGGCAAUGCAGGAGCUGAAGGCAGAAAGCACAAUUCCUGUCACUUGCUUACAAGGGGAUGUGAUGAACAACAUACAUUUUGUAAAUCAACUCCAUGUCUUAAUCUUGUUGUUCCUAUAUUAUCAUUAUUAUUAAUCAAUGUGUGGAUUGCCACAAAUUCACAGUAAAUUUCAAACUGUAGGUCAAUGUAAAACAUAGCUACAUUGCAUAAUAUUUCAGAUUCUGCUAAUUCGGCCUUAGAUUUGUAAUUCACCGUGAGUUCCUGGUAAUCCAUACAUCAGUGAAUAGCCCUGUAAAUGGCAGUCAGUUUGUUAUAUGAUGGUAUUGUGUAGUAAUUGUCAUAUCGGUUAGGUGAAUUACCCAUUGGGCAUAUUACACAAGGGGGGCAGGGCUGUUUUUUAAUGGUUUUCAAAAAAUGUUUUUCUAUCAACUGUAUAUUUUUAGAUAUCAUUUUAUAUGGUGCAUUUUUAGAACAUGGAUUGU